GUUGGGGAAUGUUACGGUCCAUGAAAUCGAAGUCCACAACUCGACCAUGGAGGUCAGCCUCCCCAAAGAACAUAACGAUACUCCACUGCUGCUUGCCUUCAGGAGGAGUAUUCCGAUGCUCAACACCUCGUCCGGGAACUUGGUGGCUACGCUGGACUGGAUGAUUGUAGAGAACAGGACUUGCAAAGAGGCCGGAUCGAACAAGUCGAGCUAUGCCUGUGCAGGCCAAAACACGAAAUGCGAGGACUCCGGGGAUGAACGGGGUCAUAUCUGCAUAUGCGAGGAUGGGUACAAGGAUGUACAGGAUCUUGUGCACCCGGUUCAUGCAAGUGCGGCUUGGAUCCACACUAAAAUCACCGAGCCCAACGCUUGGCGACCAAUAGGGGAGACUUGGUGACAGUGACACAAGACUCGCAGCGCUCUCUUGGCGCAUGAAGAUUUCAAGUCGUCUCAAAGUCUUUUGAAGAACAGGACGACAUGCCAGAGAAAAAGCACCCAGAAGAGACGAGACGUUGUGGGUUUCUCUCUGUCAUCCAUCCGAAUAAUGACGAAAGGUGGAUUAACACGAACUGAGGUCGUCACAUGGGAGAUUCCACAGCGACGAAACGUGCAUCGCGCCAGCUGGACGUCGCUCGGUCCAUUGUCCAUACCCAUGGAGGAGCAGUGGGAGUAUAGUAGGGGUCCACCCAAAGCGUUUCUCGUUCUCGUUGCAUGUGAAUUUGAAAAGGCAGGGAAACACCACAUUAAAAGUAGAAAAUGACAACACCGCCCGUGCUUCGAGCUGA